UCAAAGACCAAAACAAACGCUCAGCGAGCGUCAAACAUGCAGGCGCAAAAUCUAUCUAUAAAAGGACGUUAACCAAACUAACAACAGGAGAGAAACUUGCGAAACUACCCCUCCGGAAGAUCUCUGCCCCCAUGCCAAAUUGCUCAUACUGUCUUUCCUUUUUUCUCUUCAUUUUCUUCUCUUUUUUCUUGGUUGGCUUCACUGUAAAAGCGGAAACUGCUGGAACUGGACGAACCUGGGAUUCGACGAGGUUGGUGUACAAUGCCGGUGUAGUUCUAGAUGUGAACUCAAAAAUGGGUGCUAUGGCAAACAUAUGUUUGUCCAUGGCUCUUUCAGAUUUUUAUGAUCAACACCCGAAUUAUGGAACAAGAUUGUCUCUGCAGAUAUUGGAUUUGCUUGAUGGCGUCGCUGCAGCUUCAUCGGAACAUCUACCACAACAAUCAAAUGAAGCCUCGUUUGCAAUAAAACUAGGAGAAUGCUCUUCGCAUUCUUAUUUUAUCAGAACGGCCUUGUCUGACUUCUCUUGCCUUGCAAAAGCUACGGUUUCCAUUUUGGAAAAGUUCGAAAGGAACGAAGUCAUACUCCUAUAUGAAGACAUCAAAUAUGGUCAUGCGAUUGUCCCUUAUUUAACCGAUGCAUUAGAAAAUACGGGCAUUCAGGUAUCACACAAGAGAGCAAUCCCCACCUCUGCCCAAUGUUUUCAAAUUUUAGAGGAGCUGGAAGUGCUGAUGACCCUGCAAAGUAAGGUAUUUGUGGUGCACAUGACUACAACACUUGCCUCUCGUCUGUUUCUUGUUGCAAACAAGGCAGGAAUGAUGAGAAAAGGUUUUGCAUGGCUUGUGACAGAUGUUUUAUCCAACUUUGUAGAUACCAUGGAUCCUCUAGGUCUUGACUCAAUAAAGGGUACUGUAAUAGGCGUGAGGCCUUAUGUACCCAAGACGAAAGCUCUCGAGGACUUCAAAACGAGAUAUAAUUCUUUAUCCUUGAUGAAGCAAAACAGCGGGCCAAGCGAGCUGAAUCUCUUCGGUUUGUGGGUUUAUGAUACAAUUUGGGCAUUAGCUAUGUCCGUGGAGAGAAUUGGGACUGUGAAUUCUGGUUUCUUGAAGGAGAAGAAGGACAGGACUUCAGCAGACGCACAGAUUUCAGAAAAAGGUCCAAGAAGAAUACUUGAGGAAAUCUCGAGCACUAGUUUUCGGGGGAUCAGCGGAGAUUUUGACUUAGUUAAUGGGCAGUUGCAGCCUUUGGAAUUCGAAAUAUUUAAUUUAACCGGAAAAGGAGAGAAAAUGAUCGGCUAUUGGACUCCUGACCUGGGAAUCUCUAGAAAUUUGGGUUCAGCUAGAGCAGCGUAUCCAACUUCUAGGAACAAGCUCAAAGAAAUCAUUACACCUGGAGACACCCGAAGAACACUCAAGAUAAAUGAUAGGCCUGCGGUUGGAAAAAAGUUGAAAAUAGGGGUUCCAGUUACGACAGGGUUCAAAGAAUUUGUGAACAUACAUCCUGAGGAUAAGAAAGGCGAUAAAUUACCAGGGUUCUCCAUAGAGGUUUUCAAAGCUGUAUGGGAGGCCAUGGCCAUACGUCACACUACUGAUUACGAAUUUGUAACCAUUGACGGACCUAAUUACGAUAAUCUUUGUUGCAAAGUUAAAGAUAAGAUAAUCGACGCUGCUGUGGGAGAUAUCUCGAUUGUGGCUAGCAGGACAAGUUGUGUUGAUUUUACAUUGCCAUAUUUGCAGUCCGAGGUGACCAUGCUCAUAAAAGUUAGCCACGAUGGGCCAAAAGACAUGUGGAUAUUCUUGAAGCCUUUGAGCUGGGAUCUAUGGUUGACAAUCAUCUUCAUCUGCAUUUUCAUAGGGAUUGUUGUUUGGGUUUUAGAGCGUCGUGCAAAUACUGAUGUUAAUGGAUCACCCCGAAAGCUGCUCAGCAAAAUUUGUACGCUUCCAUUCCUAUCCGUGGCGAUCCCUCAAAGAGAUAUGGUAGUAACCGACUGCUCAAGGAUGGUAUUGCUCAUAUGGAUAUUUUUGGCAUUCAUUUUGAUGCAGAGUUACACUGCAAACCUGUCUUCAAUAUUAACAGUAAACCAGUUACAGCCGCCGAUCCCGACUAUCAAAGAACUCAAAAAAUGUCAUGUCGGUUACCAGAAUCAUUCAUUUGUAAGAGGUUUGCUGAUAAAUCAGUUUGGGUUCGAGAAGUCUAUGCUCAUACCAUAUGACACUGCUGAAAAUUAUGAGGAGGCCUUGUCCAAGGGAUCUGACAAUGGGGGAGUUGAUGCCAUCUUUGAUGAAAUUCCCUAUAUUAAACUCUUUCUAGCCGAACAUACUACUGGUUACAUGAUGGGUGGACCUAUCUACAUAACCGAUGGUUUAGGUUUUGCAUUCCCUAUAGGCUCUCCUCUUGUUGCUAAUUUUUCGAGGGCAAUCUUGAAUUUCACUCAAGGACAAUACAUGUCCUCCAUAGAGAAAAAGUAUUUUGGUAAAAUAUCCAUAGAUCGAAACGAGGCUGGGCCACUCUCUUCCAGUAGCCCUAGUCUAACUUCAAGAAGCUUUGCGGGCCUGUUUAUCAUCAUUGGGAUCGUUGUAUUGUUAGCCUUGGUUGUCUCCGAAAACCAUAUAUUUGGAAGACUUGUCCGAAAAUACAUCUUUCGUAAUUCUGACCAUGUCUCGCGAUCUGGAUUAAGGGUUCAACCUCCAGCUGAGAUAAGUACUGUUGUUAGCAUUCCUCCUGAAAUCAACGAUAUUGAAGAAUGUCAGGAUUCUAACCAGAGUGAUAGAGAUGAAUCUAAAGAAGAAGAAGACAAAUUGGAAGUUCACUCAUCAUAGAAAUUAGCAGCUAGUAUCAGGGCAUUUACACAUACUGCAAUCACAUUUUCAAGAGAAGGUAUGAAUUGCCCUACAUAUGUAAAAAUCCAUUCUCACACAUACCUAUGUAUUUGCAUCAUGUAUAUGCUAAUGUACUGAUAAUAACAUGUGUAAGAUAAGAUCCACUUUGUACAAAUAUAUGCCAUUAAUGAUUAGUUGAUUAUUUGUGUAAGGCUGGCAAGUGACUAGAAAAGUAGUUUUAUCGUCAACUUUAUUCAGGUUACGAGGAAAUACAUCCAAAUAUUUUUCCAUGGUAAAAAGAUUACUAUG